AUGCCGCAGGAACGAUGCGGCAGGGUGCUGGUGGUGCAAGUGACGCCGGAUCCCGUCUUCUUCGUGGUGGUGUCGCGCCCAAGUGCGUUUGGCGGCGCGCUGCUGCUCGGCGUGCACCAGAGCUCCGGGCAGGCGUACUUCCGGGACCAGCCGGGCGACGGAAUCUUCGAGGAUGAGGGGAGGGCGAUGGAGCACCUGCGCCAGCUGGGGCAGACGGCGGUGGUGGCGGACGGCGAGGUGUUGCUGGGCUGGACUGUUGGUACGGGGCGGACGUUGAUUCUGUUAGGGACGAAGACGGCGAGCUCGUGCGCGCUCCCGGGCGGGCACGUGGUCAGGACGGUCGUGGAGCGGCGGUGGGUGCAGCUGCCCCUCGUGUCGGUGCCAAACAGGGGAGAGGGGUGGCAGGGGGAGGCUCAGGCGGGCUGGGCGCCCGAGGCCGGGCCCGGCGGGCAGCUGCCGCCUCCGCCGUCGCGGCAGGAGCAGCGAGCGCUCAGUCUCCUGACCGAAUUCCCCCUCGAGGGCGCGCACUACUUCUGCGACACGCUCGACGUCGCGGUACCCUUUGGGCUGGGAGGAGGCGUGCGCGCGGAGCCGGGCCAGCCCCAGGAGCGGGCGUUCUCGGAGCAGCGGGCCUCGGAGUGGGUCUGGAACGAGCACCUGACGUCGGGGCUCGCGGCCGUCGGGGCCGCGCGCGCGGCUCCGCGCUUGUUGCAGGGCGUGGCGACAAACAAGGUGUUGCCGACCGUGUCGGGCGAACUGCACAUCGCGACGCUGUCGCGCCGCAGCCGCUGGAACGCCGGCACGCGGUACAAGGCCCGCGGCCUGGACGAGAACGCGUGCCCGGGGAACGAGGUGGAGGCAGAGAUGCUCGUUUUUGAGCGCCGCGGAGGCGGCAAGCCGGAGCGUUGGGCGCGGUGGUGUUGGCGGCGCGGCACGGUCCCGAUCAACUGGCGCGUGGAGUUGCAGAACAGCGGGCUCGGGGAGGCCGAGAUCAUCAUAUCCGAGGACCCUUACCGCGGCACCGGGACGUACCUGCGGCGGCUCGCGUCCCAGCACGCGCGCGCCGGCGCGCCGCCCCCGAGGCUGGUCUGUCUCAACCUCCUGCGCUGCUCGCCAGGCCGGCCAGAGCUGACGCUCUCGGAGCACUUCCAGCAAGCUGUGCGCGAGGCCAGGGCGGGCGGGCUGCCCGUCGACGUCCAGGUGAUGAACUUCGACUGGCACGCGACGAUCAAGGCGCUCGGCGAGACGAAGGCGGUCGAGGGCUUCUGGUCGGUGAUUCGGCCGGUCGUCGAGGCGAGCGGGGUCGCGGCGGGCACGUGCGCGCCGGGCGGGGCGCCGGAGGUCGAGCGGCACCAGCGGGGCCUCCUGCGGCUGAACUGCGCGGACUCCCUGGACCGCACCAACGCGGCUUCCUUCUUCAUCGCCGUACUGGCUCUGGUCAUGGCGGGGGGCGAGGCGGGCGUCGACGUCUCGCCCGCGGCCGCGGCGUCGGCUGCGGGGCAGCUCUCGGGCAUGCACGGGUCGCGCUCAACGCCGAACUUCCGCCCCGUGGACCGGGCGGCAAGCGCCGCGCGCAUGCCGGCGCCGGUGAGCGUGCUGCCGGACGGGUGGGAGGCGCGCGUGGACCCCGCGACGGGCCGGACGUUCUACAUCGAUCACAACAAUAAGACCACGAGCUGGUCGCCGCCCGUGCACGCGGCCGCGGCGCCCCCGGAGGCAGCUGCCGGCCCCGCGGCCGCUGCGGCAGUGGGGGGCUGGACCGUCGACGCUGCGCGGGCGGCGGUCCGCGCGGACGCGUUGCUGGCGAUGAGCGAAAUGUUCCUCAUCAACGGCGACCUGCACGCGAUGUUCUACACGGGCAGCCGGGCGAUGCACAGCGGUGUGCUGUCGCUGCUCAACGGCAACAACAACGGGCGGUUCCGCGGCGUGUCCGGGGCCGCGAACCUGUCGAUCUCGCUGCAGAGACGGUACCAGAACGUCGUGAUGGACGCGUCGCGGCAGCUGCAGAUGGAGCUGUUCCUGGGCUCGCAGACGCUGACCGGAUCCCCCAACUCCGCCCUCGCCGCGGCCGCCGCGGCCGACAGCGCGCGAAAGGCGCAGUGGAACGGCAGCGCGAGUGUCCACGACGUCCGGGGUAGCCCAGCUGGCGGCGCGCCCGCGACGCCCAGCGACGGCGGGGACGCCAAUUGGUCCCGCGGGGGUGUUUCGUCCACGCACGCCGCGUCGGCGGUGCACGCGCCGGACGCUCUGGCUGCCCCGGCGGUGGCGGACAUCAGCGAGACGGACGGCUUCGAGGGCUCGGAGCCGGCGCGGGAGCUGCACUUCGAGCUGGGCGGGCUGGGCCUGGGAGGGGGGUUAGAAAUGACGUCAGGCGACGCGGACCGCGCGGGCGGGCGGGAAGAGGAGGCCGUGGUGAGCGCUGCCGCUCCAUUGAUUGAUUUGUGA